AUGAAGGUUAUAAUAUUUCUAAACACGCUGUUUCUAUUGACAGAAUGUUUCAAAAAUUUGGCCGAAUUAAGGUACAAAAGUGAAUUAACUUGGAAUCAAAUUCAAAACGUUAUGGACAUGUCUUUCGUGGACAUGUAUGAUGUAAUAAAAAAAGAGUUUAAAAAGAACAAAUAUUCGUUCAAUGUAAGUGCUACAGAAAUGAAAUCGGAAAAACUAAAAACAGUUAGAAAUAACCUAAAAAACCUUGGUAGACUUUUUAUGGAUAGAAGUUUUGGCUAUAUAUUAAAGAAAAUGCAUUAUUAUUGUCAACUCGCAAUUGAGCUGAUAAAAAAAAUGGUAAAUGAAGUCUCGAACGAGGAAAUAAUUAAAACUAUUAGACUUACGUCGGAUCAAGACCACUGUGUUUUUACGUUUCUUUACGAUUACGGUGUAUAUGACGUCGGAAAUGCACUAGAAGCUUUGAUGUAUUUAAAACAUUUUACUGAAACCGAUCUCGAUCUGAUUAAGAAAAAGAUAGAACGUUUAAUUUUCAAUAUUAAAUCGUACAAACUCGACGAAAACAUUGAACACGAGAUUUAUGGUGAACAACUUUUAGAAGAAAAUACAAAACAAAGUCGAACAUUUUUGGAGUAUCAAAGUGUAUUAAUGGAGAUUAUCAAAAAUGAGAUUAAUUUGAUCUCAAACCGGUUUUGUAAUGCAACGGGUUCACCGUUAAUAAUUGGCUACGAUAUGUUCGGUACGGCAGAGGUCGAAUCUGAUUUUUUUAUGCAAUAUGUAUUUGUAGCCGAAGUGUGUAACGUGAACGUACGUAUUUUUAUUGACGUUAUUCUAAUCGGAUUCUAUUUAUUAUGAACAAUAUUUCCCAAUUAUAAUUAUUACGACAAAAGCGUCUGUUCGGAUGAUAUUAUAUCUAAUGCUAUUUCAAAUAGAUACACUUUUAAAUUGAUUUGUGUUCAAUGUUAUAUCCAUUUUUUAGUUUGUGAAUGUUGAUGACGAUAGCGCACUUUUUUCGGAAAAACUCCGCAUCGAAUCGUGGGAUUGUAGCAAUAUUUUGGUAAAUAUGUAAUGGUAAACUUUCAGCUAAGAUAAAUAUAUUUUUAUUAUAAUUCAAUUUGUUAUGAUGCAACUGUUAAUAUUUUCUAUUUAAUAUUAGUUUAAGUAAUGAAAAUCAAUGAUAAUUGUCCUGUUUUUUUCUAAAUUUAAACACUAGUUACUCGAUAUAAAAUGAAUUAUACUAAUUUUUAGUUCAGUCAUAGGUAUUAAAAACAAUUGUGUUACAGUAUUUAAUUUAUUUUAUAGGAAACUAAAUAUUACAGACAUGAGAACUACAUGAACGAGGUACAAAUGCAUGAUCGAAUAUUAUAAUACUCGUUUUGCCUAAUUAUAAUUAUAAAUAGAUACUCUACUGAUUUUGUAUAAUAUUUAAUAUAAUUGUAUGCACCUAAAAUUAUUUUAAAACAAAUGAGUUACAUAAAAAAAUGCAUUAAGUGAGUAUAUGUAUAAAUUCAAAGUAAAUGUUUUAAGUAUACAAAUAUAAUAAAGGUGAAAUGACAUCGACGCGUGUACCACACAUGUAGAAAUGUAUUGCGUUGUAUAAACGAUGACGAUUGAAAAUAUCAAAGAUGAUUUUGUUAGGAAGAAAUAUUAUUGUAAACAUUGGAUGUUAUAAAACUAUUUCAGGAAGAGAAUUCAGACCCGAACUUGACGUUUUACUUCGCGUUACUCAGCUGAACUGUUAAUGUAUUCGUGUAAUAUAUUUAAAACAUGUCCAUGAUUAGUGUCACAUUAGACGAUGUUUUCGGAAGAUGUAUAAUAUCUUCAAAAAUAAAAUAAAACGGCUAUUAUAUAACCACACAGGUAUUUUUUUGGAUAUUUUAAUUGGAAUUGAACAAAAUAAUUCUUUAAAAUUUAAAGACAAACGAUAUUGGCUGAAUACAAAUGGUUUGCAUACCAAAAUAAAAUAAUAUAAAUACGAUGUGUAUUGUGUAUAAUAGUAUUUAUUUAUUCGAUAUGUAAUAUAAUUAACACAACAGAUGAUUAAUCAACAAUAUUAAUAUUUUGGUUAAAAACAAUGCAUACUCUAUGUUUCAAUUUUUAUUUAUAAAUAAUGGAUAUUAUAAUAAUAGAAUAUAAUAGAAUUGUAUAAACAAUUUCAUAUACCAAAAAAAUAAAAAUAAAAUCAAUGAUUGUCAUGUGAAAUUUAAAAUUAAUGUUAUAUUAAGAUGUUCAACUUAAUUAAACUUAAAAAAAAAAGGUAUUUGAUUUAUCAUUUUUUUUAAGGUAUCGACUGAAGAUGUUAUACCUGUAUUGUAUUCGGUAAUAUACUUAACUUUUCUAUUUAUUUAUCAUUAAAAAUAAAUUCUUCGCUAAUGUCAUAAUUGAAAUAGCAUUAUUUUUAACGUCUGUGUUUUAUUUUAAUUUUUUCAAAUCACACAGAUUAAGAACGGAUACAGUCAUAAUGAAAUAUGCCAUACAUAAUAAUAUAUUUUUUUUAUUAUCGUUCCGUUUUAGUAGAGUAGAUACAAAACGGUAUUUAAAUUGUAUUGAUAAUUUAUUAAUACAUAUGUAAUAUAGUAAUGAAUUAUAGCUCAACGAAUUUUCAAGUACGAAGGAUGAUGGGGCUAAAUGGGAGUGGCGCAACGAAGUAUCUGAUACGUCCGAGGGAACGUAUAAUUUGGCCGCAUUACAGAGCAAAUUGAAAACUGAUAGACAUUACCUCAACAUCGUGCAAUACGACAAUAUCGUGGCCGACGUCAUAUUAUACGUCGCGUUAAAAGAAGGGUACAAAAUUAUGAAAGCGAUGAAAUAUUUAACUAUUCAUUCUUAUUUAUCAAAUACUAAAUGUCAAUAUACAUUUCAAUGUGAAAUUGAUGAGAACUUUUAUUGUACAGAAUUGAAAAUUGCUAGAACGUCGUUGUCGAUAUUUAAAUACCAUAUUGACGUUUUAAUAAAUAUGAUGUUGCAUAACAAACGUAUCGACUUAAGUGGAAAUCCUGAUUUGAUAAAAUUCAUUGGAUCAGCUACAGAAUUGUUGCGGAAGUUGGACUACACGAAAGACGAAUAUUCCAAAAACGAAACUAUAGAAAAAAAGUGCCAAAUAGUCGAGGAAGAAAUAUUUAAAAUUCCAAAAGAAGCCGAACCAGCUCACGUUAGAAAAUUUAGGACUUUUCACAUGCAUAAUCCUGUUGUCUAUAUUCGCAGAUUGAACCAUUAUCUAAGUAAUAUAUGA